UGGAUAUGUCGACAGCAGGGACGGUAACUGGACGGAUGACAGGUUGACUGCACCGAACAGAUGACUGGCUUAAAUCCACCAUGUUUGAUCCACUGACACAUAUGGGAUAGCAGAAAGGCCCACAGCAGCACACCAAGGACAUGAAGUCCUGGGCCCCAACCCGGGUUCACCUGCAAUAACAACCCCCCUUCCACCCUCCUCCACCCUUCAGGACCACAGACUGGCUUCAACACACGUGCAUCGCUCUAGCGGGGCUCCUAUUGGCUGAGACGCGUGGCUAAGUCCCGCCCCCUUCCGCGUCUACGUCACCGCGGGCGCUCCGCAGCAGAGAAAGAGUGAGGAGAGCAGAGAGCCGCACUGCUCAGUGAGAGCAGCUUGGACUGGGCGAGGCGAGGUGAUCCCAGAGUGGUCCUCCAUCCAUCAUCGCUAUGGGUAUUACCACAGCGUUCUGUGUGAACCAAGCCCUGAUCCCGGACUACCUGAAACCGGUCCAUCUGGAGACCCGGACUAUAAAACAGUGCACUUGAGAGUGUUGUCGCUGCAGCAGAGACCAGCAGCUUCUCUCCUCUCCACUGAGCUGAGGAUGAUGAUGAUGAUGAUGAUGAUGAGGAGGAACAUCUAGAGAAGAGUUUCUCUCUAGCAGAACUUGGACAAGGACGUUUUGCUCGACCCCCCUCAUCUGUGUUCUUGUAGACCAGGACCAUGUCUGCCGUGUGUGUGUCCGCAGUGCUCUUAUGUACUGUGGUGGUUGACAUCUCAGCUCGGGUUUUGACCACGACCAGCCCAGCUGUCCAAUCCAUCCUCUCUCCCCGCCACUAUCAGCACACCGACCCCGACUCGGGCACCCAGCUGGUCUGUGACAAGUGCCCGGCGGGCACCCACGUGUCCGUCCACUGCUCCCCGACGGCCGUGAGGGAGUGCAGCCGCUGUCCCGAAGGCACCUUCACCCGGGGAGAGAACGGGGUGCAGAAAUGUCAUCCCUGUCGGGCACCGUGUCCUGCAGGCUUCGUUGAGAAAGCGACCUGCACGCCCAUCCAGGACCGGGGCUGCGCAUGUCCCCCCAACAGCUUUUUGUUUGGGGAUGGUGGCUCAGAGUGUAAGCCCCACUCGCUGUGCCCUCCAGGGACCAGGGUGAAAAGGCGGGGCGGGGAGACAGAGGACGUGCUCUGUAAGCCGUGCAACAAGGGGACUUUCUCAGAUGCAGAGUCGAGUACGGCGAAGUGCCGAACCCACACGGACUGCCGAGCUCAGGGGUUGGUGCUGCUCACCCCAGGGACUAGAGAGACAGAUAAUGUCUGUGGAUCCCCGUCUUCAUCUUCGCCUGCCUCCACCACCACCCUACUGGGGCCUGCACAGGCUGGGCUUGUACAGGAACCCCUGACUUCUUCAUCCAGUCCAUCAUCACUACUGACUGGACCUGCACAUAAAGGCACCUACCACCAGUCAGCAGCCAUUCAACUGAGGGGAAACCCGGUUGGGGAAGACCACCGUGCGGAGGGGCUGCUCCUCAGCCGGCCUGGCGCUCCCACCCCACCGAAUCGUGAUCCCUCGCGGACUCCACCGCUCACUGCUCACAAGCAACUCAUUGACCUCGAGCACCAGCAAUUCGGGCAACCCAAUUCUGACCCUGUGCCAGGCCCCAACAAGGGGGCGGUAGAGGGUCUGGAGGGUGCGGAGGUAGUCAGGGUUGGGACGGGUAUCAGCAAGGUAGCCGGGCAGGGGAGCGGAGGUGUUGGGGUCUCCAGCUACUACAGGCCAACUCGCAGGGGGUCCCCGAGGCCGAGCACCCACGACCACUUUGACAUCAACGAGCACCUCCCCUGGAUGAUCGUGCUGCUGCUCCUGCUGGUGCUGGUGGUGAUCGUGAUCUGCAGCGUGAAGCGGAGCUCUCGCGUGCUGAAGAAGGGCCCCAUGCAGGACCCGAGCAGCAUCGUGGAGAAGGCGAUUCAGAAGAAACCAUCCCCCCCAUCGCAGGUCAAAGAGAAGUGGAUCUACUACUCCAACGGACAGGGGGUUGAUAUCCUGAAGCUGGUGGCGGCCCAGGUGGGCACCCAGUGGAUCGACAUCUAUCAGUCGCUGGCCAACGCCACGGAGCGGGAGGUGGCUGCCUUCUCCAACGGCUACUCGUCAGAUCACGAGCGGGCGUACGCCGCGCUGCAGCACUGGACCAUCCGGGACAGCGACGCCAACCUGGCCAAGCUCAUCAACGCCCUGCACCGGCAGCGCCGCAUCGACGUGGUGGAGAAGAUCCGCUGUGUCAUGGAGGACAACCCACAGUUUGACAUCAACCAGCUGAUGACCUCAGUGAAUGUAAGCCAAAGCCUCAGUCCCAUCCACAAGCCGCUCGAGUCCCCCGGCAGCGUCGGCAGUGGCAGCAACAGCGGCGGUAGCAACAGCGGCGGUAGCAACAGCGGCGGUAGCAUGGGCGGGGCCAGCGUCACAGGCGUGGAGCAGUCGCCGGUGGACCGCACCAAGGGCUUCUUCCCCGACGAAUCGGAGCCUCUGCUACGCUGCGACUCCACCUCCAGCAAAGACUCCGCCCUCAGCAGGAACGGCUCCUUCAUUACCAAAGAGAAGAAAGACACCGUGCUCCGGCAGGUGCGCCUGGACCCGUGCGACCUGCAGCCCAUCUUCGACGACAUGCUGCACAUCCUGAACCCCGAAGAGCUGCACGUCAUCGAGGAGAUCCCGGCCGCCGAGGACCGGCUGGACCAGCUGUUUGAGAUCGCGGGAGUCAAGAGUCAGGAGGCCAGCCAGACUCUGUUGGACUCGGUCUACAGCCACCUCCCUGACCUGUUGUAGUGGAGGAGGAAGGAGGAAGAAGAAAACACACAGAUAUGAGAAUUGGCACAAGAAUAGAAAGGAACGUCUCCGUGGGAGGGAUGACUCAGAUCUGGCGUUGUUCGGAUGAAGCUAUUUGAUCUGAUUAGAGUCUGCCUCGUCAUGUCACGUUGUCACAUGAUUCAAGCUAGGUGUUGAUGACUAUUCUUUUACUGGUACUCCUCUUAUCUUCCUCAAUUGUCUUGUGUGUAUACACUAUUACUCCUUCAAAACAUCCUCUACUAUGAUACAGGGUCAACGUUCAAUGUAAUUAAAGCGUUCCGAGGGUCGCACCAGGGAGAACCUUUUUCACUUUUCUCAAGUAUGUUCAGCCUUGUUUAAGGUGGUAUUAAGAGGGUAUUGGGAGCAGAACGAAUGAGGCUUCCCAACAGAGAAAAAGCUGGUUUGAAAAGAAGCUGACAACAUGGAAAAAAAAAACAUAAAACGCACUUUCUUUAUCUUAACUGGCCAAUGCCUUCACUUCUAAAGGGUAAUUCCGGUGUUUUUUUUUCCAUCGGUCAUGCCAAUCAUUUUGGCAUCCCUUGCCUUUAACGUGAUUUCAGUGUUUUAAAAAAAAUCUCAUUUAACACUUUGCUAAAUGAUUGCAAGAAAGGAAACUACACACAGAUAAUAGUAAAUAAGCUAUAACUCUAAAUGACACUGGCAUUAUUCUAGGGGGUUUCUUGUAAACCACAUUCACAAAUAUAUUUGCCCAGGUAUGAACUGACCCGUUAGUCAUGUGCCUGAGCAGAUCCCUCAUUUUUUUUCUUUCCACCCUCUCCAGUUGCCUGUACCUGGAGCACAGAUCAUCUGUGGGUCAUUAUAGCUUGUAACCACUGUGCCAGACCAGCAGAGAGCAGUGUUAGAUUAGAGGGCAGACCUGCUGCUCUGGAACCAAAACCAUAUAUCAAAAAUACUGGAUUAAAAUAAUCCAAUAUUACAAUACUGGACCUAAUCUAAUAUGAUGAUAUAUGGCUUUGCCUUUGAACUGUUUGCUUUUGGACAAAUGAUCCAAAACUAACAAUGAACUGGACAGGAAAGGGUGCAGUGUUUACCGCCCCCUGCCCGCUUCUCUGGAACCAAAGCCAUAUAUCUAAAACGGUUUUAGAUACGUCGCUUUGGAAGCUCUGCCACUGUUGGACUCAUGGACAGUAUACAAUAAAUACUUCUACCAGUGCGCACAUUCAGAUCUCUGCUAGCUAGCCCUGUUUGCCUCAACAAAUGUAGUGCUGAUAAAGUGUUCCAACACAGUCUCACGGCAGUUCAUGAAAUAGUCACAAAAUUGAAUCUAUUUGAUUUCGUGUACAUAAACACAAAUUUCUCUUUUUUUUUCAUGACGCUCAGCGCGACUUUCGUGCUUAUUCCUACGAAUGUCCAGCAACACGUAAUAUACAAGUCAAUUUCCAUCCCAGUCUUUUCAAAAUAAAAUUACUUAGUCAGGUUUAGGAAUAGAUCAACUUGAUUAGGUUUGGCAACAAAACUACUAAGUUAGGUCUAGGAAAAGAUUGUGGUUUGGGUUAAAAUAACUCCAGAAGUGCUGUAACUUAAAUACAAAAGUUAUGUGACAAACAAGUCAACUUUUAAGUUAAAAUAGCUACGGAACUGGCGUUACUGAAGUAUGGAAGUUACGUGGUUAAUAAGUCAAUGUUUAAUUUAAAAUAAGUACGCAAGUGGCAUUACUUAAGUACGGAAGUUACGUGACAAAUCAGUCAACGUUUAAGUUAAAAUAACUACGGAAGUGGCUUUACUUAAGAAUGGGAGUUACGUGACAAAUAAAUCAAUGUUGGAUUAAAAUAACUGCGGAAGUGGUAUUACUUAAAUACAGAAGUUAGGUAACAAAUAACUCAACGUUUAAGUUAAAACAACUGCGGAAGUGGCGUUAUUUAAGAAUGGAAGUUACGUGACAAAUAAGUCAGUGUUUAAGUUAAAAUAACUACAGAAGUGGCGUUAUUUAAGUACGAAGUUAAGUGGUAACUAAGUCAACGUUCAAGGUACAAUAACUACGCAAGUGGCGUUAGUUAAAUACCGAAGUUACGUGACAAAUAAGUAAAUGUUUAAGUUAAAAUAACUGCGGAAGUGGCUCUCUUAAAUACGGUGGUUACGUGAUAAAUAACCCAACAUUUAAGUUAAAACAACUACGGAAGUGGCGUUACUUUAGUACGGAAGUUAAAUGGUAACUAAUUCAACGUUUUAGGUCAAAUAACUACUUAACUGGCGUUAGUUAAAUACGGAAGUUACGUGACAAAUAUGUCAGAGUUUAAGUUAAAUAACUACGCAAGUGACGUUACCUAAUUACGGAAGUUACGUGAUAAAUAAAUCAACACUGACUUCUGGAAUCACACAGGACACAAACAGCGGUGUCCUGGGCAAAAGUCCAGUGUCUUUUUAGCCACCCAUCCAACCUUGACCUCAUCCGUUCGCCACUCUUUAUACUUCCCGCAUCACAAUUACGUGGAUUACAUACGAAUUGAUUUCGUGCUGACCAUCACGAAACAAAUCUGAAAUUCGAGUCUAUGUACACGAAUCAAUACCUAUAUUUUGUGACUAUUUCCCGAGCCGCUGUGCGACUGGGCUGGACGUUCUUGAUACAUUUUUGAGCUUCACGUGUGGGUGUCUUGAGUGUUUCAGUGCUACGGUAAAAAACAAGAGAAUACAAGUGAUUUUUUUUUUUUCAGGCAGUUGGUAUGUUGCUACAUGCUCCAUGUAGUCGAUAUUAAAAUGUAAUAAUAAUGCACUAAUUCUAUUCAUUCAUUUUCAUUUUCUUUUAUUCUGCUGUUAACUAACAUUUAUUUUCAUGUUUUCUACAUUUAGUUUGAUUUAUUAUGUUACUGUAGCACGUCUUUGUUAUCAUUUUGACUUGUUUUCAUGGGCAUUCAGAUGUAUUUCCCCCCCGCUUGGCGUGGCGAGAUUACCUGGCUGGGAUGUAAGAUAUGCAUACUCCAUACUCUACUUGAAGUACUCGUGUUACUUGAUUUAAAUGAGGAAGAAAUAAUGUACUCUUUCGGUUCCUUCCAAGUUCUUAUAAUAAUAAAACUGAAAAAAGCACCACCAAAAAACUCAUCGACGUUCGGAGAGGAUUUUUGCAGGCGCCAUGAGAGCAGCAGAUGACGGACUCUGUUUUCACCAAGCCAGUUACUUAUCCAAGCUCCUGUGGUGCUAGAUGUGAACUCUCACCGGGUUGGCCUCACACAGGGGGGUCUUAACCCCCGGACUAAUGACUAUUUCAAGUAUUCCAGACUGAGUGAAGAAGAUUGAAGGGUUGUGCUGCUGUGGACUACGGGAUGUUGACAAUGAUGAUGGUAGUGAUGAUGAUGAGAAUGUGUGAGCUUGCUCUCCGCGAUACUGUGGAGACUCAAACUGCAGGGUGUGAGCUUUUUUUUAAAUUAUUUUUUAAGGAAGUUUUGACAGGAUGGAAGGUGAGAUGUGAAACGCAUGUGUGGCUCGAGUGGAUGAUUUCAUCAAAAUUUCACGUGUGUAACCAGUAUGUUUACUACUAUGUAACCUCUUAAAAUCAACCAAUUAAAGCUCAAAGCAUUUGUCAUAA